AUGGACGGACUCACAGAGGCCCAGACACCCAUGAAUGGGCACCGGGCAUCCAAAGAUGCAGUGGAACUUGGAACCAGCCACCAGGGGCCCGAGACCUGGGAUGUGGGCCUACGUGAGAGGCAGGCGGUGGGGUUUACGCUGCUCAAGACCAUGUGCCCCUCGCCCGGGCCGCCCUGGGCGGACUCCUUGCCCAGGCAGGCUGAGCUGGCUGCUGCUGGGCAGAUGGGCCGGGAGGCAGGGGCCCAAGGGGCUACCCUCACAAGUGACCUGGCUGCCCCGGCUGUUUGCUCCAGGCCAGCAGGGCGAGGAGAUGGGGCGACCCCAGGCCCCCACAGUGCCCGGGCCCCGGCGGGCUCCACGGCUGCACCCAGGCUCAUUCCGGACCUGGUCGCCCGGAUCCCCUGGCUCCGCUGGGCGCUCACAGCCACUGCGCCCGUGGCUGGCAUCCUCGCUGUUUCCUGCCUGGCCUGUGCCAUCUGCUCUUGCCGCUGCGGCUGCCACGGGAAAGAGCCCGGAGACGAGGAGGCCGUGGGCCUGGGCAGUACCUGCAGCACCAUCAACCCCCACCUGGUGCAGCCAGAUGUGGGUAACGUGGAGCCUGGCCCUGGGCCCCAGCAGUGGCAGUGCCUGCAGCUGUCUGUGGAGUAUGACUUUAGAAGCCAGGAGAUGAGGGGCCCCGAGGACGUGGGCCUCAAGCAGGCCACGGACCUGAGGCCCCGGGGCCCAGGCGGCACGGCGGACCACUACGCCCGCGUCGGCCUCUCCCCUGAGGCCGGGUGCAGGCACGAGACAAAGGUGCACCGUGGUACCCUGUGCCCCACGUUCGAAGAGACCUGCUCCUUCCACGUCCCCCCCGUGGAGCUGCCCCGGACCACCCUGCAGGUGCAGGUGCUGAACAAGCACUUCUCCCAGCACGAGCCACUGGGCGUGCUCAGCCCGCUGCUGGGCACCGUGGAUCUGCAGCCCGUCCUGGAGCUCUGGCACCCACUGGGCCCACCCAGCGCUGCCGAGCCCGAGCAGCUGGGGGAGGUGUGCCUCUUGCUCCAGUACGUGGCCGGCUCGGGCUGGCUGACCGUGGUCGUGCUGGAGGCCCGAGGCCUGAGCCCAGUUCUGGCAGAGCCCUGCGUGAAGUUCCAGCUUGUGCUGAACCAGAGGAAGUGGAAGAAGAGAAAGACAUCUGCCAGGAAGGGCACGGCCACCCCUUACUUCAAAGAGGCCUUCACCUUCCUUGUGCCUUUCAGCCAGAUCCAGAGUGUGGUUCUGGUGCUGGCCGUCUGGGCCCAGGGCCCACAGUUCCAGGCCGAGCCCGUGAGCAAGGUUGUGCUGGGCGCCCGGGCCUCUGGUCAACCCCUACAGCACUAGGCCGACGUGCUGGCCCAUGCCCGGCCGCCCAUCGCCCAGUGGCACCACCUGCAGCCGGCCAGGGAGGUGGACCGGGCGCUGGCCUUGCAGCCCCAUCUGUGCCUGCCCUUGCCUGGCUCCUGA